GUUUUAACAGGAACACAUUGGCUUUUGGUUACUUUCUGUGAACCAAACUGUGUGAAUGGCAAACAUGGAAAUCAUACAGACAUUCAUAUUAAUACUUCUGCUUUCUCCUCAGAUCAUCAUGUGGACAGACUACCAGACAGCAAAUAUCCUGGCCUACACACGGACGAUGGAGAAUGGCUCCAUAGACCAAGCGCUGGUUGUUUUGGUGAAUGAAGCCACAUUUGCAUACUUCGACCAGGCAAAAAAUACAUUUGUCUUGCGUCCCAGUGCAAGCGCUGGGUUCUCAGUUUUAGAAGACAGCGAUCGCUCGUUCUGCAUGAAUGAGGUGUUAGCAGGAUUUUAUCGACAAACGAAUUACCUGGAGAAACUCAAACAAGAAACAAAUUCAUCAAAAGCACUUUUGGUACGUCCUUCAGUCAAUAUGUAUACUGAAUUUCCUGAAGAACAAGGAAAAGUAAAUGUCCUUUACUGCUAUGCCACUGGGUUUUACCCUGGUGACAUUGAAAUAAACUUUUAUCUAAAUGGCCAAAAGUCCACUGUGAAAGCAGAGACCUCUGACUUAAUGUAUGGGGAAGACUGGACCUUCAAAGUGUACAAGUAUAUGAAUAUCACCCCACAGUAUGGGAACGAGUACACAUGCGAAGUGAGACACAGUAGUUUGGCUGAACCUAAAAUGACAGAGUGGAGGCCUGAAUUUUCAGCAUCCACAUCACAUCUCUACUGGGCUUAUGCACUACCUCUUGGCAUCCUGUUGGGAAUCAUGGUAUCUGUCCUGGUUUUAAGAAGACAACAUUGUUCUCAAUUAUAAUGGGGAAAAAACUGAACUGCAGUACAUAUGUUCAUCUGAACUUUGUGGCUUAUAGAUGAGCACAGUAUAAAACUCAUUUAGGUAGAAUCCAUUACAAUCUAUAAUUUAAUAUU